AUGGACAAUGCUUGGGUGGAAUAUCAAUUGAUACGCUGUGUCAUCUUCUCUAUCACAAUUCACAAUUCCCUGCAGAUAUUUCCUAUUUCAGUUCCCGCGCCCCGUCCCCCACACGCAGUCACACAGAAUGGCAGCGGCAGUGAAUUGCUACCUCUCAGUGACUUCAACAGCCACACCCACAUCUCAAGAUUCUCCACAGCCAGCAAUCACGAGGCCGCCGACCAAGAUCAUACUGCCCAAGAAAAAGCCUAUGAAAUGGUCUACAGGGGUGGCUCCGGGUGAGUAUGGGGGCCCACCCACCACAACGAAGCUCAGGAAAUACUGGGGUGGAGAUGAGGACCCUCUUGCCUCUGAUGAAUACUUGUGGAACAAAGACUUCAUGGGUCGAAUGAAAAAGUUCAUUCAAGACCCCGUCGAUGUCGACACUAAUUCUGACCCUCGAUUCUCAUCUGCGAAGGAAGAGCCUUGUGGAUUUCUUAGCUUGAACAGAGUGAUGAGCUUGGACAGUUUGGAAAUUGACUUGAGCAAAGAGUUAACAGCGACUUCAAGAUCUGCGGUUGAACCACGAGUUGAAGAAAUUCAAAGUAAUAGCAUUGCUUCUCGAAAAUGGAGACCAGCCCCAACACGACGUGAGCUAGAGAAGUGGGACAGGGCUACUAAAGCUGCAACUGGAGGCAGUGAAGUGAUGCUUAGGGAAUCAAAGCGUCCCAGAGGGGACCCAGAAGUGUUGGCUGCUCAGUCAAGGGAACAGUACUAUAAGUUGAAGAAUAAAUUGCAGUUCCUCACACUGGGCAUUGGUGGUGUUGGUGUAAUCUCAGCCUAUUGUUCUUAUUCUCCUGAAAUUGCAGCAAGCUAUGGUGCUGGAUUGCUCGGUUCUUUGGCAUACAUGCGAAUGCUUGGAAAAACCAUUGAUUCUAUGGCAGAUGGAGCAAAAGGACUUGUCAAAAUAAAAAUAAAAAUAAAUAUAAAAAUUUGCUUUUCUUGGUAG